CGCAAAGAAGACAAAAGUGAAAUAUUGUGUCUUGCAGGUGCGUUCGGCGCAGAGUCCGAAGUGUGACCUGAUUCUGGAAAUAGACAAGGAGAGAGCCAUGUGCCAAGCUCAGGUUGAGAACAACACGACAGGCUGCAACAUCACUUGGGACAAGAUCGCCUGCUGGCCCUCUGCCGACGUCGGAGAGGUGGUCACCAUCCCGUGCCCCAAGUAUCUCUUCUACUUCACCAGCAACGCUCUUCCUCGUAAUCUGUCAAAGACCUGCACCGUGCAGGGCUGGCCCCCCAGCAGCCUGGACUCCUACAUACUGGGCUGCGGCUACAACCCCAACAACACCGCAGAGGAGAAUUCGGGAGAUUUUUACAUCACCAUCAAAGUCGGCUACACAAUCGGUCACAGCGUUUCCCUUAUUUCUCUGAUGGUUGCCAUCUCCAUACUCUGUUUCUUUCGGAAGCUUCACUGCACAAGAAACUACAUCCACAUGCAUCUGUUUGUAUCUCUCAUCCUAAAAGCCAUCACUGUUUUUAUAAAGGACGUGGUUCUGUACGAAGUGGGCGAGACGGAAAACUGCCAGGCACCGGUGGGCUGCAAGGCGGUAGUGGUCUUGUUCCAGUAUGGAGUCAUGGCGAGUUACUUCUGGCUGCUGGUGGAGGGCCUCUACCUUCACGCUCUGUUGGCAGUCUCCUUCUUCUCAGAGAGGAAGUACUUUUGGUGGUACAUUUUGAUUGGGUGGGGGGCUCCAACCAUCUUCAUUUCUGCUUGGGUGGUUACAAAAGUGUAUUUAAAUCCUCCUGGAUGCUGGGAAACAAUCGACGACGCGUCAUGGUGGAUCAUCAAAACGCCCAUCUUAGUUGCCAUUCUUAUGAACUUUUUCCUCUUCAUUUGCAUAAUCCGGAUUCUGCGGCAGAAAAUGAACUGUCCCGACAUCGGAAGGAAGGAGUCCAACCAGUACUCGAGACUGACUAAAUCCACCCUGCUAUUAAUCCCUCUCUUUGGGAUAAACUACAUAAUAUUUGCCUUCAUCCCCGAACACAUCCACCCGCAGCUCAGGAUGGUGUUCGAUCUGGUUCUGGGCUCAUUUCAGGGCUUCGUCGUUGCGGUGCUGUACUGCUUCCUGAACGGAGAGGUGCAGUCCGAGGUUAAGCGUAAGUGGCGCAGGUGGAUGCUGCAGCGGUUCCUCGGCGCCGACACUAAGUACCAGCAGCCGUCCAUCGGGAGCAACGGCAACAAUUUCAGCACCCAGAUCACCCUGCUGACCAAAUGCAGCCCCAUCACGCGGCGGGCUUCGGCCUGCCAGGAGCACCUUUCUGCAAUCUGACCCCCUUCUGGUUUUUAUUAUCGGUUAACGAAUGUGUGACUCACACGUACUGUUGCCAUACACUGGGUGUACAGAAGCCAUGAUAAUCCUAACAUGGAUUUUCUGUUGUUUUUUUGUUUUUUUGUUUUUGUUGUUGUAAUCUUAUAUGCUGGCUAUGAAAAGCAACAGGUGCUCAGUGUUUUUUCUCGCCAGGGCACAAAGUCAUCUGACACCUCCAACAACACUUUCUUAUUAAUGAAAUGUAAAGAAGGUACACGCCUUUUCUUUUUUACUUUUCUUUUUUCCAGAUUAUAUAAAAGCAGCUACGAUCACAGAGAUUUCGCUGAACUGCAGCGCGGCUGACUACUGGCACAGGGUCACCAACUUUUCGUUCCAACGUGAAGCGAGAUUUGUGAAAGACAGGAGGAAGGAUGUCCCUUUUUUACUUCAAAAUAAAAGCCUCAAACACUUAAAACCUAGGAACAAGAUUGUACAUAUCAAGAAUAAUUGCAAAGAGUUCUGACAAAAAAAAAAAAAACUGAGAUUCAAGCUGAUUCGUUGCCUUUGCUUGACAAGCAACUUUAGACAGAUUCAAACGAGUUUCUCACUGAGGAAUACAAAACGGAGAGCUGGAGGGGUUUGGGCCAUGCAUGUUUGAGCCAGCAUGUGACUCAUAACACACCAGCUAUGAAGGAGUGGAUGUGGAGGCUGAAACAAGUGGUGACAAGGGUAAUGAUCGUCUUUAGAACUUAAAAGUGGCACAAAUCUACUUUUGCUUCUUUUCAGCGUGAUUGAUUUGGUUGAUUCACGAGCAUUUUCAACACUUGUGGAUUCUGUUUUUAGCUGCUAUAACGCCCGAGUUUCCAGCACAGCUCACAUGCAGAUGACAUGCAGAUCUGCUGUCAUGCACGUUGAACACUUAACAGAGUGCAUAGUCAAAGAGGGACCUGUUUUCACUACCUAUAGCUGCAUUUUAAUAUUGUCCGCUUGUUCAUUCAUAUGUUGGAUCAUGUUGAAUGUGGAGUCAUGGUACUAACAUAAGUCUGUCCUUGGCGAUCGUUCUUGGCCAUCAUGGCAGAUGAUGCUGCAGAUCAAACAACUGAGACAAACUUAACUUAACUGAGAAAUAUUACUGAGCAUCUUAAUAUCAUGAAUCUAAAUCGUAUUUUUCCUCUGCAAAAAUACUAAUAUCCAAGGGAAGGAAACACACAUUAGUACCAAAAGCGGCACAUUGACAAUAUCAUUAACUACUGGCUGUUUGAAUGAAUUGUGAAUUAUGAAUCGAUUAUUUAUGUUCUGAGCUUGAAUAACAAUUGUAAUACCUAAAUAAGAUUGAUUGGAUCUCAUAACUGUGAUAAAUAGGUUCUGAUAAAUCAAAAAAAGUGACAUUGUACUUGGUUAUUUAA